AUGAGCGGAAAAGAAAUCACGUGCCGAUGUUCAGCAUCUUAUAUUUUUGUCGGAGAGUAUCAUGUAGCGGCAGCAUACUUCUCCUACGCACAAUUCUGUCAGUCAUUGUGUCGGCUUCAUCUGACGUUGUUGCUAGACGUUAAGAAAAUUAUAAGUAGUACUAGUAAACGUAUGCAAAAAACUAUACGAGCAGCGGGUUAG